AUGACGAAAGAACACUCGAGAGAUGCUAGCGACGCAUCUUAUUUUUCGACAACGCCCUCAAAUACAAAGAACGUUUUACCGAUAGCAGCUCAAUUCUCGUCUUCUAAUAGUACGGACCAAAUACUUUCAAAUAUAGACUAUGAGGUUGAACACCAAGAUAUUGAUGCGACUUGGUAUCGACGAUUUUUUUAUGGAAGAGACCAUCCAACGUUUAUAGGAACUGUUGAACCAUAUGGACCAGUGAUAGUUUCAAUUAUUCACGAUACAUAUAACCCUGUUGGGGAUAUAUAUUGGUACAGGUACAUUGUUCGUAAAAAAGAGACUCCAGAUCACCGUGGAGUGUUGGCAGGCCAAGCUUAUUUCGGUGAACCAAUAUGGGAAGAUUUAUUAAAAAUGAUCGACAGGCAUUUUAUCGGUGUUCUUUAUCAAGCACCGUCACAAGUAUCCGAAGAAGAAUGGUUUGCAAACACAAACGCAUCACCAGCAUAUGAAAGGUUUCUCAACUUGUUAGGCAAUAAAGUUAAUUUGCUAGGAUGGCAACGGUUUGGUGGUGGAUUAGAUACAAAAACAGGGGGGACUGGUAAAUAUUCAAUUUAUGAUACUGGAACUUGGAAAGAUUUUGAGAUAAUGUAUCACGUGAGCACGAUAUUACCCUUCGAAAAUAAUAAACAUCAAAUUACAAGGAAAAGGCAUUUAGGAAAUGUAUUUCAAGACGUUCCGACACCAUUUUCACCAUUAGCAAUACGUUCUCAAUUCCUGCACGUAUACGUAAUAGUCAGCCCAGUACAUUUGAGCAACGGUAAAGAAGCAUAUAGAGUUGAGAUAACGUCCAAAGAAGGUGUUCCGUUCUUUGGACCUGCGUUACCUGAACCACCAAUCUUUUAUGAUCCAAUAUUAUUAAAGAAAUUUUUAGUCGCAAUAGUUAUAAAUGGCCAAAACGCUGCAUUGAAAACUCUAAAACUACAUGAACCAUUUAUUCGAGCCAGAAAUGGUAAAGUGUGUGAUCUUGCCAAAAGAUAUGCACCGGUAGUGCUUACGCCAUUAACACCUCCACAAUCACCAAAGAAAGCUCCACGAGAUGAUUUCGACAGCGCCUUGAAACGUCUUUUUGUUAGAGAAUUGAGGCGAAAUGGGUCACUACCCGAUAUAAUGCAAGUUAAAUCUCUACUAGAUAAAGGUGCAAAUCCAAACGUUAGGAUACCACGGCAUAAACCGUCGCGAGAACAACUCAGGCAACAUUCAGUAUCAUCAGCAACAUCAGCAACAACGAUUUAUAGUUUUACUUCAGAAACAAGUGAGAGUGAGCUAAUGUACAAAUUACCCAAUGUAUUAUUUGCUACCAUAGUGUUAUCAGAUGACCCAGUGUUCGUGAAACUAUUGAUUAAUUAUGGUGCCGAGACAAUGCCACGUGAUUCACAUUUUCCGAAUGCAUUUGUAUUUGCUGCAAGGUAUAAAAGAGUCGAGAUAAUGAGAUGUUUACUGGAGAAUGUGCCUUCAUUAGGAGAUCCCGAAUCAGUUGAUGUUGCUAUAGCCGAUCGUAGUAAUAAUAAGAAUUCUGUCGGAACUAAAUUGUGGGAAGAAGUUAAAAGGUUUAAGAAUUCGUUAUACACUAAUAGAAAUUAA